AUGGCUCGGACCAAGCGAGGAAGGAAAACACAUAAGAAAAUCACGCAAGUUACUACUGAGGUGGUGGAAGAUCAUCCGGAGUUAGGAGACAAUGGACCUGUGGAAAACCAGCUGGAGUUAGGAGAUGAUGGACCUGUUGAAAACCGGCCGGAGUUAGGAGAUGAUGGACCUAUGGAGGAGCAGACGGAAGUAGGAGGUGAUGGACCUUUGGCAGAUGAACUUGAUCGUGAAGAGGAGGAAGAACAUGAAGGUGAAAUUUUGUUAUCAGAACAUGAUGACUCUGCAGCUGAACCUAGACGUAAGAGACAGCGAGGUCCGACUAUGAUGAAAAACAUAGCCAAGGAUCCAAAUAACAAACUGCGAGUACAGUACACUUUCACAGGUGAACCAUAUGGUUAUGGAUCAGUAAAAUUGUCUUCAUACUUAGGUCCACUGGUCCGAGAACAUGUUCCUGUGACACUUACAAGCUGGACAAAACUUAGUGAAGCUCUGAAGACACUUCUCUGGAAAUCUGUGCAGGCAAGAUUUGAACUAGAUGAAGAUUAUCAACGGAAAUCGGUGCUGAAGCAGUUGGGAUGUCUGUGGAGGUCAUCAAAAUCACGCCUUGUUACUCAAAUCCUUGAAGCGACGAAUAAUCAACAGAGGAUGAAUCUAAGACCAAAGAAUGUUUCUCCAAUAGAUUGGCGCAAGUUUGUCAAGCUCAAAACCAGUCAAGAAUUCAAGGCUGUUAGUGAUAGCUACAAGGAAAGAAGGCGUAAACAGAUUCCUCACACUUGUAGUCGCAAGGAAAUGGUUAGACUUGCAGAGGAAAUGAAAUCUGUUAGUGGAAACCCCGAUGAAGUGACACGCUUGAAGGUGUGGGUGAAGUCGCGUACCAGAAAAGAUGGAACACCGGUGAACACAAAUGCUGCUGACAAGAUGAAGAAGGCAGCUGAGUUGGCUCACAAAGAGACUCCAGAUUCUGCAAUGAAUGAAGGAGAAGAUACACUUACCCAACUGUUAGGACCUGAUAAUCCUGGCAGAAUGAGGGUCUUGGGUAGGAACAUGACUAAGACGAAAUUAGCUGCUUUCGAAGUUAAACACAAAUGUAUGACUGAGAUGCAAGAGAAACAGUUUCAUCUCCUGCAGAAAGUGAAUGAGUUGCAAGAUGAAAUUGCAAUUCUGAAAAAACAGCGACAAGAACCAGAAGUUGGUGAAAAUUCGGCUGUAAAAAGUGUCAACAAAAGAUUACAACCCAAGUGUGUUCUGGUUGACUGGGCUGGAACAAAUGAAAACGUUGCUGAGGGAAGAAUUAUUUCUUCUGAACCAGAUGACUUGGUGAAUGACACUCGUUUAGGUCCCACGGAUGUGAAAGUACUAGUUGAUUCUGUAACUGUUCCAGAUGCAUUUCUUUGGAGACCGGCAAGUAACAUGUUCACAAUGGUUGAAGCUGUAGGACAAAUGAUUGCAUGGCCUGCCUCAAAGUGUGUUGAUCUAGAACCAGUGACAGAAGCAGUCGACAUUACACCACUGGGCCAAAGAGCGACCUCAAUAAACAAAUGCAAACUACUUGAUUUGUCUUCAGAUGAUGUUGUUGUUGCUGAAGGACGCUGGCAGACAGAAGAACCAAAAGCAUUGGUUAAUGGUUUACCUCUUGGGCCAAAAGCUGUUAAAGUGUUCAUUGAUCAAGUGCAUCAGCCUGAGACAUUUAUAUGGAGGCCUACGAUAGAAACAACAUACCUUGAGGACUGUCUACUGUCUUUUGUAGCAUGGCCUGCCUGCAAAGUUGUCUUCGAGAACAGAGGAGAGGUUGGAACAGGGCAUAAAUUUCCGUUUGACAACUCUGUUUCAACUGAUCAAGCUUUGGGAGGUAAAUCAGUGGGCACUGAUUCACGUUCUGUGGAGAAGUCAUUUAGAUCUGAUGCAACUGGUUCAAAGUCAGCGGCCAGAGUUUCAAAAACAGCUAGUCAGAAAUCUCCAGAAACAAAUCCGGGAGCAGAGGUUAUCAAAGAAAAUCAGAAGUGCAAGCUGAUGGAUAUUGGUGGAAGGAAGCUGGUUGUUGCUGAAGGUCGUGUGCAUUCGAUCAACCCAGAUCAAAUGGUACACUUUGUUAGAUUGGGGUCUGAUGCAGCAAGAUUUGGGUGGACAUAG